AGCUGUCGCGGCAAAGGGGAAAGAGGGAAAGGGGAUUAAUCGAAGGGGGUGUCGGCGAGAGGAAGCAGGUGUUGUGUUCCUAAGUAUUCUUCUGACUACCGAUCCUUGCCGCCACCACCACCACGGGAGGAAGGAAGGAAAGGGGAAAAACCAAAUUGGAGAAACAAGAGGGGGGAAAAAAGGACACACGAAUGGCGGCAAGGCUCUUGUCUGCGAGAACCACUGGAUUUCCGAACAACACAGAGAUGCUCUGCGAGUUUGACGAAGAGGACGUGUGGAACCUGCACUCCGUGUCCUCGGAGAUUGACGGCAAGCAUGAGACGGUGUACAAGAGCCCGAUCAAGCCGUCCAGUAACAUCAAGCGGGCCGGGGCGACGUCUCGGAUGAUUCCCGCCGCCAAGCCCUCCCCUGUUUCCGGCAACAAGGUAAACUCCUCUUCUUCGGCGCCCGUGAACAUCCCUGACUGGUCCAAGAUCUUGAGAGAGGAUUUCAGCAGGAGCAGAGGCGGGGGAGUCGAGUACGAGGAGGAGGAGGACGCCGGCGGUGACGGCGGCGGCGGCAGCAGCAUGAUCCCACCCCACGAGUUGGUGGCGAGGGUUCGGAUGGCCUCCUUCUCGGUGCAUCAGGGCGUGGGGCGGACGCUCAAAGGCAGAGAUCUCAGCAGAGUCCGCAAUGCCAUUUGGAAGCAGACCGGCUUUCAGGACUAAAGUAACUUCUCCUCUUCGUCAACUCCACAAUUUUCAGGGCACCUAUUUCCGAGAAAUUUUGUUGAAGGCCGUCUGUCUGAGAAGAAAGGGAGGGAUCGCCUUCUCUUCUUCUCAAUCUGCUGACCGUUUUGUAAUCAUCGUCUUUCAAUUUUCUUUUGUGUUGACCUUCAUUUUCUCCUCCGUUUUUGUCCUUUCUUCUUUCUACACUGCUGUAGCAGCGAAAGACCCCCUUUUUUUUUCUCUCUCUCUCUCUCUCUUCUCGCGUUUGAUGGUUGUUCGUAUAGGAUGAUAUCUUUGUAGUUGUUAGAAUAAAUAAUGAAACCGGAGAAAAUAACUUCUUUUUGUUCGUUUUUUCGGAUAGUAAUGUUACAGUUAGAUUCUCGUUUC